GGUGCGAGCCACGCGGCACAAAGCAUCCGACUGUCUAUCUGUUACAAUCACCCCUAUCGUGUUUUAACCAAUUAAGGGGUAACAAUGCGCUCCUUAAUUUGUUUUGUUGGUGCAUUUGCGUUAUUGUCUGUUGUUAUUGCUGAAAAGCCAGCAAACGGUCCAAAAGUAACGGAUAAGGUCUGGUUUGAUAUUAAGAUUGGUGAUGAAGAUGUUGGAAGGAUUGAGAUUGGACUUUUUGGCAAGACUGUUCCAAAAACUGCCAAGAACUUUGCUGAGUUGGCGAAAAAGCCAAAAGGUGAAGGUUACAAAGGCAGCAAAUUCCAUCGUGUCAUAAAAGACUUUAUGAUCCAGGGAGGUGACUUCACCAAAGGCGACGGCACUGGAGGUCGUAGCAUUUAUGGAGAUCGUUUCCCCGACGAGAACUUCAAGCUCAAGCACUAUGGAGCAGGUUGGUUGUCCAUGGCUAAUGCUGGAAAGGACACAAAUGGAUCUCAAUUCUUCAUCACUACAAAAGCUACUACCUGGCUGGAUGGCAGACACGUGGUUUUCGGAAAGGUUCUCAAAGGAAUGAACAUCGUAAGGAAGAUCGAAAAUACUAAGACUGAUGGUCGUGAUAAGCCUACUAAAGAGGUUAUCAUUGUCGAUUCAGGAGUUGAAGAGGUACCAGAGCCAUUUGCAGUCUCCAAGGAGGACGCCACUGAUUAAAGAUGUACCAUUAGAUAUGGAUGCGCCUUUAUUUACGAUUUUUAACAGUUCUAUUUUUAUAUUCAAAAAAAGUAUUAAAAAUAGCACAAAGAAGUUGCAGUAAAUUUCUUUUUUUGUACAGAGCCAUUCGAUUUAACUCAAUAAAAAAGCUGACUAAAAAUA